AUGGUCUGGCGGAAGUGAGUGCGACGUCGGGUGGCUGCUGUGCUGUGCGUGGCUUCUAACCUGUCGCAUUGAAGCUGUGUUGGUCCGUGGAGAUCAGAUUGUUGCUGCACUCAUGGAAGUGGGAGAGGAGCCACCGAAACCCAUCAGGACCGCGCUGGUGACGAGAGUGGAAAGCUUCAACGCUGCUCAUCGCCUCCAUAGUAAUUGUUUAAGUGCUGAGGAGAAUAAAAGAAUUUUUGGAAAAUGCAACAACCCAAAUGGUCAUGGCCACAACUACAAAGUGGAAGUUACAGUACGUGGGGAGGUCAAUCCGCUCACUGGGAUGGUGAUGAACAUCUCAGACCUCAAGGAGCACAUGCAGGAAUCCAUAAUAAAACCACUUGACCAUAAGAAUCUGGACAAAGAUGUCCCAUACUUCACCAAUGUUGUUAGUACCACAGAAAAUGUAGCUAUCUUCAUCUGGGACAGCCUACAGAAAUACCUCUCACCAAAGUUACUGUAUGAAGUAAAGGUGUACGAAACAGACAAGAACAUUGUGGUUUACCGUGGGGAGUAGGUGAUCCAUUUGCAGUUCUUGCAGAAUUGUGGUCUCCACAGGCUGGUGUCAUGUUCAACUAUGAAUUCCAAUGGACCUGCGUACUGUCCCACACGAUGACACUGAGGUAAAAUGUCACCACUGUACGAUGUUAAAUUCUGUUAACCUGCCAAAAUAGCUCCCCCGCUAGUUAAUGGGCAUUUGCCCCAUUUAGCUCAUCGUCCAGAAAAAUCUGAAAGUGCAUCAUUUUUUUAGUGUCUAGUUGUUCUUCGCGGUUUCCACUACUCUUCCAAGAAGUCUGUUCCAUAUGUUCACUUUGUGUGUGGAGCCAUGCAAAACAAUCUGAUAUCAAUCCUAGGUUUACCUUUUGGUUAAUUUGAAUUUGUGCUCCCUUGUCCUUGUGUUAUGAAUUAUCUUAAAGCAACAAUACCAUGUGUGUGUCACCAUUACCUAAUCCAUGGGGUCAAUAUCUUUGUAGUGGCAAAACAGAGAGAUCACAUUGAUACUUGGCACUCUGUCAUUUUGAUGCAGCUAAAAGAAAAGGAUGAGAAAUGUGAAGAAAUGACAUUUCUGGACUGGUGAAACCAAUAUUUUGAAUUUCAUUCAAAAAAAAGGGUUUACUUGACAGUACUGUAAAUUGGAUAGUACUUGGACAAAUAACUCUAAAGAUUGGGCACUAUCCCAAUAAAAGCUCCACUACCCUUUGCUACAAAUAAGGUCAUCCUUAUGCUUUGUUGAAAAACAUGUUAAGCAUCUGCAAACUGGAGGAGCAGCACAUCAUAUUCUGCCUCAGGACCCUGCAGCCCAAUGGCCUAAACAUGGAAUUCACCAGUUUUAAAAUCUCCCCACCCCGACCUCCUCCCACACCCCACUCUCCCUUGUCACAAAUGGAGACAAUUCUAAAGUUCCUUCCUGUUCCUUUCAUUCACUCAGUCUGAGGUAGCUCCAGAAUGGCACCAUAUAAUGGUAUGACAUAGAGUUUGCUCGAUCUUUCAACAAUUAGCUGAUUAGUUUCUUUGCAAGAGGAUAACUCCUAGCAAUGUUAAGUUUGAAGUAAAUCAUGGGCCAAUUACUUACUAAGUCUCGGCCUGUCCUAUGUAUUGUCAGUAUUCAGGACUAGGAUUCUUAAAUAAAACACAGUGUGAGAGAAACUCGGCAGAUCUAGCAACAUUAUUGUGGAGAGAGAAACAAAGCAAAGCUUUUGAGCCCAAUAUAAUUCUCAAAAACAGCAGGAUUUUAAACUAGAUAAUGGUUAACUGUAGUGCCCAACCUGCUGUCUCAGCCGUCUCAAACAGCACAGAUUCUAGUUGAAAUGUUGUCACUAUGAGCUGUACAUUUCUCUCCAUUCUGACAAUAUCAGGUAAAUAACCAAGUGUGCUCUACUGGAUAAUAAAAUGUGGGGCUGGAUGAACACAGCAGGCCCAGCAGCAUUCUCAGGAGCACAAAAGCUGACGUUUCAGGCCUAGACCCUUCAUCAGAGAUGCUGCUGGGCCUGCUGUGUUCAUCCAGCCUCACAUUUUAUUAUCUUGGAUUCUCCAGCAUCUGCAGUUCCCAUAUCACUGUGCUCUAUUGGAUAUCUGCCUGCUUAAAACUUUUGGGCCUUGAAAUUGAGCUCUCUUACAGAACUGUCAAGCAUACUUUGGCGAGACAGUGAAUACUAGCAGUAAGGUAUAUAUGAGUCGAAAUUUAAAGUAUCUAAUUUUGUGAAAUUCACCAUCAAAUAUGAGCAAAGACAGAGCCUUUUCCUAAAUUUCUUAAAGAAGAAAGCCAGAUACUUGCUUUUCAACCAGACAUGAAGUUGAAUACUGAGAUGCUAGAAAUCUGAAGCUAAGACAGAAAUUGCUGGGGAUCCUCAGCAUUUUUUUUGAUAGAGGAUAGUCUGAUAUCCAUUGCAGGUCACUGGCCUUUUGUCAAAACUUGCUUUAUAAAAUGUCAUCAACUGAAUUAUUAACAAUACUUUCUUUCCUCUACCGAUGGGAUCUGAUCUGCUGAGUGUUUGCAACGCUUUCGAUCUUUGAUGCUGGCUCAGCAUGAUUUCAGAAUGAAGUAUCCACUUGCGAGGUUGUCCAUGUGAACUGAGGACGAUAAUGUUGUCACACCGUGUUCUUGUCCAAAUUUUGAAUGUAGAAACCAUGGAUAGGACCAGCCUAAAAUACUAAACCACUUUCCGUUGGUUAAGAAAACUGCAUCCUUUCAAAAGUGAGAAAUAAGAUUUGUUUCUGUUCCUAAUCUGCCUGCUUUAAAGCCAUUUGACUAAAAGGGGAUAGCUGAAGAGGCAAAUAAUGGUUACCUUCCCAGCCAAACUGGUAUAUGUAUAAAUUGGUAAUUCGAGUGGGACUAUUAUUGUCAAAUAUUUUUGACCUGACGAAAGUUAUUAUCUGCUUGAGAACAUGGACAAAAUGAGAAGUACCACCUAAGAAUAUCAUAAUUUAAAGAUGCAAGUUGUAAUUUUAUUGCUAUGCCUAAGUGAAUCAGAUCAUAUUCUUCAUGAUCUCUCAUUAUAUUUGACAGUAGGGUUGGGAGCUCUUGGGAUCUGAUGUAAUUUAUAGUUUAUUGCACCAAAUUCAAUUUCAAAUAAAUGGAAUGACUUAUCACACCAA